CAUCAAUUGACACUGCUAGGAAUUGCCAGCAUCCUACAAAUUACAGCCUCUCUCUUUCGUAGCAAAAUGAUUGAAAUAUUAUUCCGAACCUACAAAUAUCAUUUACAGCUUGGAUGGAAUUUUCAACAAGAGACACAAAUCUAUCUCCAGUGAUGGAUCCCAGGACUCCAUUCAAAUUUCCCGGCGGCGACAUCCGACUUAAGGUCACGUACGGCGGCGAGGUAAUUAUUGGAAGCGUCUGCUCUGAGGCGAUGGCCUCGGCAUGUAAAGUGUGGAAGAACUUUGUGUAUCCUCCAUGGGCGGAGCAAGCCCCUGUGAAUGCUGGCACUGCAACAUGCGAGGCUGCAAGUAAGACGAGCACAAAGAAUGGCUGUCAGUCGGCUGCUUCCCCUGCUUCAGUGGAUUGCAGGUCUCGAAAGAUCCAUGUUCAGGAGCUGGAUUUCAGAGAAGACGACGGCGAAUCACUAUUGAUCCUUCUCAACAUUGCACACGGCAAGUUCGAGGAUGUACCUUCCGAGCUACCCUACUCUAUGUUAGUCAGUAUCGCAGUCUUGUGUGACCAGUACGACUGCGUGAAGAUUACCAAGCCCUGGAUUGAGGACUGGCUCAAGGGAGAAGAUGUCCUAUCACUCAAGCCUGGAAACGAGAACUGGCUGUUCAUCACCUGGGUCUUUGGCAGGGUAGAGGUUUUUGAAGAGCUGGCUAUUUAUCUGAUUCGAACAAUUCGUAUCGAUGAUGAUGGAUACUGUCGAAAUACUCAGGAUACACCUUUGGCAGAACCUCUCCCUGCUGGGAUCAUUGAACCCAUCGCCAGCAUCCGAAAAGAAGUUUUACGUCAACUGCUAUCACCAGCAUACAAAGAUUAUGAAUUAUACGAUCGCAUGAGAUACCCGAUCUGUCGGCGCGGGAAGACAAAAGAAAGUCAACUUGCCUGCGACGCUUCGAUUCACCAAUCUCUCAAGACAUCGCUGGAAAGAAUUGGUCUCUUGCCGAUGAAGCAUCACAAGGAGAUUCAGUACAAUGUCAAUGAACUUUGUGGCAGACUUCGAAGUAUCACGAUUGAACGAGCUGACCCGACUCAUAUGUGCGCUCCGCCAUAUAAGUAUAGUGCUCAUUUUCGCCAGACGAUGAUUAAUAUCCCGAGUCCUAUGAAGAGGUUUCAUAUGGAGCAUAUGAGGAUGCAGAGGGAGGCUUUGGAUUUGGAUUCGGGAUGAGGCAGUGAGUGUGUAAUUUGGGUUUGAUACAUCCCUAUGCCGAUUUGAUGGCACUGUAGGGACUCUAGGCCGUACGAGAAGAAUGCGGAUUCUAUGGUGUGGCGAACGGCAAAGGGCGACUGGAGUGACCAUUUUAAUGGGGGCUGUUAGAAAAGUCAGGGGGUUGUGCUGGAGUACGGCGGUCAAAUUUGGUGGCUAGAUGAACUGCAUAGAGGAACAGAAUAAUGACGAUAACCGGUU